GUCACAAUAGAAAUAAUUACCUGCAUGGGCCGGGCAACAGUAUAUUUCCUGUAUAUCGCACUAAAUCCCCACCAGAGGGCAGAUCGCUAGUGAUAACAUCACUUCAGCCCGGGCAACCAAAGCACAUACAUCCAAGCUCACCCAUGUUUUUUUUUUUUCCAGCUUCACUCCUCGCUUGCAGUUAGUAAUUUAGUGCUAAAUAUUACGCGAAUUGCAUCAGCAGUAUUUCCACGAGGCUGCAAGACCAAGAACUGAGGUUCCGGAGCGAGAAGCAGCAUCUUGUAGAAGCAACAAUGACUGAUACAGCUACACAGAAAGAGGUAGGAAACUUCGUUAGCCAGACACUACAGUCGCAAGAAACGGAAGCUCGGAUGACAGAGGUACAGGUGAAUGAAGCUCAGGUGACAGAGGCACAGGUGAAGGAAGCUCUGAGACGGGACAAAGGCACAGGGGCUAACCUGCUCUCAUGGAGCACUGAGGAUUUCACCAAGAAGGGCGAUAACUUCAUGUGCUCUGUGAAGCAACUAAAACUGUCUUUCUCCCAAGAUCAUCAAAGCCUCGAGGUAUCAUAUGUCGUUAAACUGAAAAACGCUUUUGGAGAUGAUUUGAAGGAGUUUAUGAAUAUGAGCUAUGAGAAAGAGUGCCUGUUCUACAGUAUGUUGUUACCAGCGCUCAAUACUGAGCUACAGGCAGCCAGUCUAGAGCCUCUAAGGCUGCCUCGGUAUAUUUUCCACAGUUUGGAAGAAAAUGAAGAAGUCCUCAUCUUGGAAGAUCUAAGCUACCUAGAGUUCAAAAUGGCUGAUCGUAAACGCGGUCUGGAUGUCGCCCAUGCUGAACUGGUCUUCCUGGAGCUCGCCAGGAUUCACGCCGCCUCCUACCUCCUUCAGGCCCACCUUCCAUCAGGAAGCCUAGUAGAGGAGUACUCAUUCUUGGGGAAGGACUGGCACAACUAUUCUCAGGAGGCUGAGUUACAAGUUGGAAAGAUACUACAGGAGGACUUUAACGUUACGGUAAAAGUGUUGGAGACAGCAGAGGGUUACGAGGAGAGCGCAGCCUGGCUGAAGGAUCUGGUGGUUCCCAGGUGUCUGGACGUCUUCGAGGAGCAAAUUAAGACGCAGCCUCCGUUUGAAGUCCUGUGCCACGGAGACUGCUGGACUAACAAUUUCCUCUUCAGGUACGAUACUGCAGGUCGACCGGUGGACGUCAUCCUCCUGGACUUACAGUGUCGACGUGGAUCACCCGCCCUCGACCUCAAUACACUCGUCUACACAAGCAUCAGUAGUGAGGUCAGAGCAGCUAGCCUCAGUCACCUAAUUCAUGCGUAUCAUGAAUCCUUCAGCAAAGUCAUGAAGGCUCGGGAGGCCAUCAUUCCCUUUACCUACGACGAACUACUACAAGAGUACCGCAAGAGAAACAUAUUUGGCCUCUGGACUGGUAUUGUGUACAUACCCACAGUAAUGAUCAGCUCUGAUGAUGCCCCUGACUUUACCUACGCUGGGUCAGAGGAGUGGAUGACGCAGCGUGAGAAGUACCUUCAAAAUGCAUAUGAUAGAAAUCCUCUUAUGUACAAGUGGAUUUUAAGUAUCCUUGAUGAGAUGUCCGAGUCUGGUGUUACUGGUUCUGGCUGUGUUGACUCCAGGCUUUCAUCAGGAAAAAUUAAAUAGGAGAAAGACAUGUAACUUCUUGGUGUGAGGGGUCGGGAAGGAUAACGAAAUUGAAUGUGAAAACAAUUGAAAGUAAUCUUCUAUUAGAAAUAUAUUACAAUUUUAGUAACCUCAGUUCUUCUCUGUGGAAAAAUACCAGAGAUACCUGCCCUAUCUAAACUCAUAACAAUCUUGCAUAAAAAAUAAUGACCAUCUUGAGCACAAAGACGAACCUACAAGAGAAACAUUUUCUAGUGAUGCUGAAACAGUUAAUGGUGGAGAAGCCGAGUGUUGUUAAUAUUGCCCAGAACUGCACUGACAUUGCCGGAAGACGAUUCAUAAAAAUGUUUAUAUAAGAAAGAAGUAAACUAUGUUGUUUAGUUUUAAGUGUUUGCUUACUACUGCUACAGAAUAACCACCUUACUAUCUUAUGAGCAAAAUGUUAUAGUAAAUAACUAUAAUGGAUAAUUUAACAAUUUUCUCGUGGAGCAUUGUUUCCAAUGACAUAAAUAACUGGUCCAAAACAUUGUUUCCAAUGACAUAAAUAACUGGUCCAAAACAUUGUUUCCAAUGACAUAAAUAACUGGUCCAAAACAUUGUUUCCAAUGACAUAAAUAACUGGUCCAAAACAUCCAGGCAUAAGACUCUCCCAUCUUAUAUUAGAACAAACCUUGAGAGUGGUUCUGAUUUAUUUUACGAACCAAAAUAUUGGUGAAAGUGAUUGCCUCUUCAGUAAGCGUGAAAUAGAUAAUGCAUUAAAUAAGGGUCGAUCAAUCGCCCCUGGAGAGGAUGGUAUAAUUUAUGAUAUCGAUAAAAAUCUCACUACACUGAGAUCCUUAAUUAUUCUCAAUGAUCCUUAAUGAGAUCAAUAAAGACUCAUUACAUCUGUGUUUCUUGUUAUCAACACAAGUGAAUAUGGGGAAAACUCACUACACGAGGGCGAAAAGUCUUGUAUCUCUACUAAUAAAGGUUUUCCUGUUUCCUUGGGUAUCCA